GUGAUUCGUUGGUGAAUAGAAAUUCUGGCAAUUCAAAGGGUUUAUGCUCAUCAGAAGUGGUUUCUUCUCUAAUGUCGUAAUUAUCUCGUCUGCGGCAGAAAUCCAAAUGAAGCUCCUUCACGUUGUUCUACUUCCUCUUCAUCAAUUCCUUUCUUCCUUUGCACAUUCUUUCACUUUCCAGUUUCCAUUGAUACAAAGGUUCCAGCUUUUAUCCAGAAGAGCUCCUCGAACCAAAUGAAUUAAGGUUCAGAAGGUCAAGAAUCCGCGUUUUGUCUCUCUUUUAUUCUCCUUGCAUAACGGCGAUUUUGGAGAUCGGAACUCAGAACAACAAAAAAUAAUUAAUGGAAAACCCAUUGGAUGCAAGCUAGAGAUGGGAUCUUAAAAACCCAAUUUUUUUUUUCGUUUUUCUAAUGGUUGUCUCACGUGUCCUCCUUUAAAUACCCCAACUGUCGACUUCGGUUUCGUCUUCGAUUCUUCUCUGUUAGUCUCUCCUGUUUCUGAGCUUUGGAAUUGUGAAAGGAAGCAUGAAGAGUGGCUGAAACUUGAAAGUAGCUGCUGAAUUGAAGAUCUUGAUUGGUGGGUUAACAGAAGUUUGAGGAAUUAAGAGGAGAGGGAAAAGAUGGAUAAGUACGAGCUUAUGAGAGAUAUUGGGUCUGGGAAUUUUGGUGUGGCGAGGCUUAUGAGGAACAAGGAAACCAGAGAGCUUGUCGCCAUGAAAUACAUCGAGCGUGGAUACAAGAUCGACGAGAAUGUGGCGAGAGAGAUCAUAAACCACAGAUCGCUUCGACACCCGAACAUAAUUCGAUUCAAGAAGGUUGUCUUGACACCGACCCAUCUCACCAUCAUCAUGGAAUAUGCCGCAGGUGGAGAGCUCUUCAUCGAUUAACAAAUCCGAUGUUCAACGAGAUGUAAUAUCUUCCAACGAGAUGAACCACCUCCGAUUGUCAAAAUCUUCGAUUUCAGAGUUAAGAAACCAUGGAGGAAUGAAGAGUAGAAGUUUAUAGUAUAUACCCUCCAUCGAUAAUAAGUUGGGGGCAAAUUCGUCAUCUCCUAUAGACUAAGGAUAUUUUGGGGUUUAUGAAAAAAAUGUAACCAUGGAAGAAUGAAGAGUAGAAGUUUGGAGUGUAAACCCUCCAUCAAUAAUAAGUUGGGGGUAAAUUCGUCAUCUCCUAUAGACUAAGGAUAUUUUAAGAUUUAUGAAAAAAAUGUAAUACACUUAACAGGGGUGUAAUUUCAAACUUCGUAGGGGAAGGUUAUGUAAUACUUUGGAGGGGAGAGUAAUUUCUUCUUAUUUAAUUACAUGCAAUAAUAAUUACAAUUUUUCUUUUUUUCAUUUAAAAAUUCAA